UCUUUGACGAAGUGCUCGUUUUGUUUGCCCUUUUCGAUCAAUGAUUUUGUUGUUUUUAUUAUGAAAUCAAAACAUCGACUUUAUCCUACGUGGACGAACUAUAACUCAUAGGUGUGGUCGUGUGUUCGGUUCUAUUAUUGCGCAAUGCAACCGGUAAAUGUCGUGUGAAAUUGUACUUUCUUUGACUGUGCGAAUUAGAUCAUUUGGCAAGGUCGUGGCACCUUGAAUCGAAAAUUUUAAAAAUUCUGCGUGGACUGAUGCGUAGGACAGUCGCAUCUAGUGUUUUCGGUGUGUUAUCAGUUGUUGUUUUGUGAUAGUGUGUGCUGUGAAAUGGGGUCGACGGGGCUGACUCUGGCAGACCUGCCAAACAUAUUUAUUAUGAUUGGGGCGCUUGUUGCCCUGUUCGCGAUGCUAGUCAUACUCCUCAGGAACAUGGAAGUGAUAGGCAUAGUGGGCGAGGGUCGCGAGGAUGCGUGGCGCAGAGCGAUGCAGCCGCCCCGUCUGAUGAUGCAAAGGGUGCACAUACCGUUCACGUUCAAGCUCCAAGAGAAUGAGCCUAUAGGAUAUGAUGGCGUCAGCUGCUGCGUGUCGUCGACAGUGCGGUACUGGCACGCCAGUUGGUGGGGGGCGCCAGUCAGAGAGCUGCACAGUACCUUGUGGGGCACGCUCGCAGAGAUCUUCUCUUCGGGGCACCUGGACUUCACGCUAAACAAUCCACACGAAGACAAUCCUCUAAGGUUGUCGACGCCCGAGCCUCUGCAGCUGGGCCCUCCGCCGAGGGCGUGCUACCCGCUCGUGGUGAUCCUGGCGCGUGACCAGAGGGACACGGGGGACCUCCGGCCUGACGACACGGUGGCGUUGGUGAGCGUGGUGCACAUCAGGGACGAUCAGUGCCCGCUACCCAGCGGGAUCAUAGCGCAGUAUCUCAAGCAGGCCAACGGCCACCUCUCUUGUCUGAAGCAACUAUACGUAAGCGGAGACGCGUGCGGCGAAGCGGAGGGCUACGCGGAGGACGCGCACGGCGCGCUGUGCUGCGUGUGCGCGUCACGGCCGCUGUCGCGCGCGCUACUGCCGUGCCGCCACGCGUGCCUGUGCGCGCGCUGCUUCCCUAAACUGGACAAGUGCCCGAUCUGCCGCAGCGCGAUCACGAGCUACUUCUGCAUCAGGAACGACGACGAGCCGCUCUCGGAGCUCAAGCAGCAGCCGCUCUUCAACCGGCGGCUGUUCAAUCUGUUCCACUACCACUAGCCAGGG